AAGCUCCGGACUCAAGAACACAUCUAAUUAUUUAUUAGAAUCUUUCACGAAAAGAAACCCAAAUCUCUCAAAAGAAAACCUAACGUUAAAUUCCCCCACAAAUCGAUUAAGCUUCGUAUAAACCCUGAAAGCAUCAAUUUCACACGCGUUAACCAGUUGGCAACUAAAGGUUUAUUCUUCUGCUGGGACAAAAUUUGAGCUUUGCUUUCAUGUGCUGUGACACUUUGGUAUUGUCAUGCACGACUGUGUUGACAGGGUUUGUAACACAGAUAAUGUAUAUAAAGUGGUGCAAUGGCAUCAUCUGGUAAAUUUGAUCUUUCAUCUAGUAGCCCAAGCAGACCAUUAUAUACUUCAGGGAAGCGUGGGUCCUAUACAGCUGCCUCAAUGGACAGAUCAGCCAGUUUUCGUGAAAACAUGGAUAAUCCAAUACUAUCUUCUCUUCCAAGCAUGUCGAGAAGUACUAUAAAUGUAAGUCAAGGGGAUGUGACUAAUUUUUUUCAAUGCUUAAGAUUCGAUCUUAAGUCAAUGGCUGCUGAAUACAAGUGUAAUCGCCAUGGGGAUUUUAAGCGACUUGCAAAUGCUGCUCUUUGUGCACCAGAUGAUUCGUCAUCUGGGUCAUUGAAAGGGAAGCUGCCUUCUUCGUCCCCCGAGGAUCUGAAACGGUUUAAGGUUGGUCUGCGUGAAUCGACCAUUAAAGCGAGGGAGCGAGUGAAGAUAUUCAGUGAGGUCUUGUCGGUGAUCAACAAGUGUUUUCCAAAUCGUACAGCCGUGGGCAAGAUGGGUACCCAAAGCCAUGCUUCUACUGGUGCUUUUGAUUACGAGCAGCAGAAGAUUGAAGAGAGGGGGAAAAAUACCAUUCCUAACAAACGAACUAGAACUUCCUUGGUGGAUCAAAGGGCAGAUGUACGGCCUAACACGCCUGCUAGAUCAUCUGGGUCUGUAGAUAGGGAUAGAGAAGUUCUUAGACUUCCCAACAGUACUGCUCUUCAGGUUGAGGAUCGCGUAUUGCCAAUUGUAGCUGAUGGAUGGGAAAAGGCAAAAAUGAAGAAGAAACGCUCUGGAAUAAAGGCCGAUGCUGCUCCAAGUACAAGCUUAUUGUCGGCAAAACCUAUUGAUGGAUGCAGGGAACCCAGGCAGGGGAUGCACCCGAGGAGUCUUCCUGAUGCAAAGUCAAGGCUAAAUGAUUCUCACGGGUACAGGCCAGGAGCUGCUAAUGGAGGUAUUGGAGCUGGAAAAGCUGAUUCUGCUCAACCGGCCAGUAUGGGUAUACGUUCUUCCAUCCCAAGACCUGAGCAAGAGAAUACAUCUUUUCUUCAUGAUAAAAGAGAUCCGACUAUUAACUUAGAGCUGGAAAGGACAAAUGUCAGAGCUCUUAACAAGGCCAAUGUCCGUGAAGACUUCAUUUCUGGUACUCCUACCACGAAACUGCAUGCAGCUGCUCGAGGUCCAAGAUCAGGGUCAGGGUCAGGGUCAGGGUCAGGGUCAGGUGUCAUACCUAAAUUAUGCCAUGUUCAGCGGGCGACUGUUUCCAAUGGUUUGGAAUCACCUCAUGGUACAAGUAAGAGCCCUGGUGGUAUUGGUUCUACCAACCGUAAACGUACUCUAUCAACACGGUCUUCAUCUCCACCUGUAGCACAGUGGGCUGAACGGAGGCCCCAGAAGAUGUCACGUACAGCAAGGAGAACCAAUCUUGUCCCUGUUGUAUCUAGCAAUGACGAAGUCUCGGUUUUGGGUAACAGUGAUGUAACUGUCAGCGAAAAAGGACGUGGGUUUGCAAGACGGUUUCCGGUCAACUCUCCUAAGCAAUUCAAAUCUAAAGGUGACCAUCUUCAGUCAUCUCCAUUAUCAGAAAGUGAGGAGUCGGGGGCUAAUGAAAUAAGAUCUAGGGAUAACGGCAGCAAGUCUGAGGAAGUGGAACAGAAAGCCGGACUGAAUGUUCAAAAGAUGUCAACAUCUGUUCUUCCAAUAAGAAAGAAUAAGUUGAUGAGCGAGAAUGAUCUUGCUCAUGGGGUUUGUAGACAAGGCAGAACUGGGAGGGGUUUGGCUUCUUCACGAUCUGUUGUACCAGUUCAAAAGCUUGGAAUAGUGGGAACAGCGAAACAACUUAGAACUGGCAGAGUUGGUUUUGAUAAGCCUGAAAGUAAAUUAGGCCGGCCUCCCACUAGGAAACUCUCGGGUCGCAAAGCUUAUAUGCGUCAGAAACAUUCUGCAAUUACUGCUGCUACGGAUUUUCUUGUUGCUUCAGAUGAUGGGCAUGAAGAACUUUUGGCUGCUGUGAAUGCUGUUAUUAAUCCUAGUUGUGCUUUAUCCAACCCUUUUUGGAGGCAGAUGGAUCCACUUUUUGGUUUUGUAUCUGAUGCAGAUGUGACUUUUAUAAAGCAAGAGGGAAACAUUCGAUCAACUGCUAACACCGCAAACCCAAUAGAUAAUUGUGAUUCACACCCUAAUGGAAAUAUGUUGGUUGAACCUCCGCAAAGUGGAACUGGAAGCAGUAGUGAAUGCUCGGAGCAUUUAACGUCAGGAACUUGUCCCGGGGGAAUUUCCCUCUGUCAAAGACUUCUUGCUGCUCUAAUUUCAGAAGAAGAUAACAAUGAGUACACCUGGUGUGGAAAUGAUGACCUGAAGUAUGAUGUUUAUGGACCUGCAUUUGAGCUUGAACCAGAUGUAGAAUCCAAUGCCAUUAAUCUCCGGUCAUUGCAGAACUUCGAACUUGGUGGAAGUUUUGCCAGCAGUCAAAGGGUAGAUUCUACAUUAAGAUCGUGUAAUGAGCUGGGGCACAGCCAGUCAGAUAAUCAUGUUAUGUCCAUGGCAGAUUCAGCAAUUGCUACGGGUUUUGAUCAUUACUACGAUGGUCAACUUUCGGAUCCAGCCAUGAUGCCUAGCAUAACCUGUUCUCAUUAUCAAUAUGCUAGUAUGUCCAUGGAUGAAAGACUUCUCGUUGAGAUUCAUAGUCUUGGACUGUACCCUGCACGGGUGCCGGAUUUAGUACACCCUGGAGAUGAGGAUGUCGGCAGAGAUAUCAGUAGGCUGGAAGAAAAGCACAAUCAACAGGUUUCCAGGAAGAAAAAUCUGCUCAACAAACUUUUAAAAUCUACCGAGGAAGCAAAGGAGCUACAAGAGAAGGAAUUUGAACAGCUUUCUCUUGAUAAGCUCACAGGAAUAGCUUAUCAAAAAUACAUGAGCUGUUGGGGCUCUAAUGCACCUGGGGGUAAGGGUGCCAGUGGAAAAAUGGCUAAGCAAACUGCUUUAAAUUGUGUCAAAAGAACACUAGAUCGAUGUCAUGAGUUUGAAGCAACUGGAAAAAGCUGCUUUGCCGACCCAUUAUUUAGGGAAAUGUAUCUUUCUGAAUUAUCACGCGUAAAUGAUGCAGAAGUAGAUGCUGUCGUUAAUGGCGAAUCCGAGAAAGUGCCCAUGGAAAAACUUUCAGGUACACAAUUAAUGCCGUUGUUGAACAACCAUGACAUCUAUCCAUCUGUAAAUCACUCAUCUGAGCAAACUAUUGGCAAAGAUGAUAUCUGGUCCAGCAGGCCUAAGAAGAGAGAGUUGUAUCUUGAUGAUGUCGCGGGUACUUCUUCAGGAUUGCCAUCGGCCGUUGGAAGAGCGAUUAUGAACAGUGCAAAAGGAAAGAGGAGCGAUCGGGACAGAGAAGGUAAGGGGAAUGGGCGAGAAGUGUUGUCGAGAAAUGGAGGUCCAAGAAUUGGACGGCCUGCAUCUAAUGUUAAGGGUGAAAGAAAGACGAAAGCGAAACUAAAACAGAAAACGACUCAAUUGUCUGCAUCUGUGAACGGCCCUCUGGGGAAAAUCUCGGGUCCGAAGUCGAGUGAGGCGAAAAGUAGCACCGUGAAGGAAAAGGAUGAGUUUGUGUUGUUGGAGGAGCCGCUUGAUUUGUCCCAUUUACAACUUCCGGGAAUGGAGGAGCUUGGGGUUGGGGUUGGGGUUGGAGAUGGUUUUGGUGGGCAAGGGGAGGAUAUAGGUUCGUGGUUGAACAUUGAUGAGGAUGUGUUGCAAGAUGAGGACUUUAUGGGUCUGGAGAUUCCAAUGGAUGAUUUAACGGACUUGAAUAUGAUGGUUUAAAGUUGGUUAUGUUUGUAUGUAUAGUGAUGUUGAGUAUACUAGUUACAGUUACAGAUGAGAUGUGGUAAAUUAGGUUACGAUUCUUUUGAAGAAAGUUAAUAUCCGAGAGAUUUUGGCUCUUAUCUGAAGAUAAGAUAGUCAGUCGCUUAGGCUUAGGUUGUAAAAAUCUUUUUUGCUACCUAUUUUAGGCCACUUGGGGUUCUGCUUACUAGGAGACACUGUAUUCUGGUUGUAGCAUUUACUGAUCAGGGCACAAUGCUCUCUUGUACAUUCAAAUUACCUUCCGAAAUAAGAUCAAUUCG